AUGGCCAUGACAUCAUUCUCCGUCGAUGCCCUUCAAUCUCAGUGCCUUGUCGGGCUGCUCCUGUCUGUGCGCGACGUCAGAGACAUGUGCGCACCCAUCUUGGAGGGCGGCAUGUACUACAAGCUCGGGGGCAGCACUCGCCGAUCAGCCUGUGACGACGCGGUGCUGUUCGCGCUGUUCGGUCGCCAAGGUAACCUUCGUCGCUCCUCCUGCUUCUUCUUCUGCGUCACCAACCCCCACCUCCGCCAGCUCAUUGCUCGCGCCUUUGGAGACCUGUUAGUAGAAGCGCCGCGUGGGAGUGGGGCCUUGCUACGCGUCUCCCAAGCAGAUGCCUCGACUGCCGGCAGCCCAAUCUCCCUCGCCGCGCUUGAACGAACGCUGGCGGCCGACGGUCGCGUGCCUCGGCUCGCUGUUCUGCCCGUUGGGUCGCCUCUGGCUCUACAGGCGCGGAACGCGAGCCAUCGCCGAUCGAACGCCGUCGUACGCCCUUGGACGAAGCUGAAAACGCGUAGGCUGCGAAUCCAGCCAGCCAUCCCCUUCUAUCGACCCUCUGGCGGCCAUCCACGGACGCUCGGCACGCGCCAGCACAGUCUGGCUAUCGCCCCGCAGCGCACGCGCCGAGCCUCUGCGAAGGGAAAAAAGAAGCUGCUGCGCCCUACUCCAAACACUCGCCGCAUUUUGCGCGCGCUGGAGAGGAAUGCGCACGGUGUAGCCGUGCGCGGUCCUCGUCAGCAUACGCAAUAUGAGGGCCUGCCUCAUGUCCGAGCCUAG